AUGGAGACAAUUUUUCCAGAAGGCGUGCUCAUGGAUAUCUUGAAGAGGUUACCAGUGAAGCCUCUCUUAAAAUAUAAGUGUGUCAGUAAGUCAUUUUGUUCCUUAAUUUCUAGUCCUUACUUCAUUAGAAGGCAUCUUAACUAUGGUAUACAGAAAAACAAUUUGGGCAUUAUCUUCUAUGAUUGUCAGAAAAAACAAGGAAGCUAUGAGUACGACGUUAGGUCAAUGUUUUCUUGGUUAUGGUUGUCUUUGCCAUCACCAACUGUUUGUGAAUUUGAUAGGGUUCUUAACCGAACGGAUGAUUCUUUUGUAUACCCAGAUUAUACGAUUGGUUCGUUGUGUUGUUGUCAUGGUAUGGUUUGCAUUUCUUUUGUUCAAACUAGUUUUGCUCAUGAGGAAAAUUUAUCUGGUGGUGCGAAAGAAGAAUUAUUUUUUAUUUGGAAUCCUGCAACCAAAGAACAUAAGAAAAUUCCUUCUAGUGGAUUUUUAAGCACUGAUGUAGGUUUAUUUGGGUUUGGUUAUGGUGCCACAACUGACGAUUACAAGUUGGUUAGAGUUGUGGACAUCAACGAUGGAAAACCUGCUCUGAAGAACAUAACUUACCGGCCGUCUAAAUGUGGAAAACAGCCUCCAGGGGUGCUUGUUAAUGGAGCUCUUUACUGGAUUGCAGAUAAUAUAUGGUACUCUAAAGUCAUUGUCAGAUUCGACAUUGACAAUGAGAGUUUUAUGGAGGAACCUCUGCCGAAUGUCUGUCUCCGACACAAAAAAGUAUCUAUUGAGGAGGAAGAUAAUGAUGAGUUUAAUGUCAGUGUGGGGGUGGUAGAAGGGCGUCUUUGCUUAGUUUCCCAUGCUUUUAAUGUCCAGGCUGAUCUAUGGGUAAUGGAGGAAUAUGGAGUGAGCGAUUCAUGGACCAAAUGGAGAAAAGUGAGCAUCACUUAUAAUGGUGAAAGCGAAACUAGAGAGCUUGAAAGAUUGAUUGCAGCAGAGAGUUACGUUCCUAGCUUAGUUGCACCAGAUUUUCACAGUAAGCUGGUGAACUAUUUCGAGCUAUCAGAUUUGGUACUUUGCGUUGUCCUGGCCGUAAACCAUUCUUCUCUCCUGGAUUUGAAUCACAUUCAGGUACAGGUGGAGUUCACCAUUUCCCAGAUGUGGGGUUUAGAUUGGAGGGAGCAGAGUAUGGAGGUGGAGAAUAGGGAACCGAAUAGCACCACCGAUUCCCAAACCCAGACUCUUUAA